AGAAUAUUCUUUUGGCAACUUGUAGAGAUUUCAGGAAGUCUAACCCAUAGGAGAGACUUUGCCCAAAUUUCUACAGCAAGUUUGAAUAUUUUGUUGCUAUUAGCAUUUGCUUAAUAUAAAUGAUGAUUUUAUGAUAAAAUUGGGCAAUUGAUAUGUUAAAUGUUGUCUGGGUUUAGGCUUAUAGAAUAUGAGUUUUUCUUAUAUUCCAGCCAGUCAUACCUUGAUAUUUUGGGGUGUGACAGAUUUUGAUUUAACUAAUUUCACCUCAUUUUUAUUUACAUUAAGCAAAUGAACUAUCUUUGUUGAUUAUAACGAAUUAAAGUUUACUAAGCUAAUAUCAAUGAUUUAACUAUCUCUUCUUAGUUCCAGUGAGAUAGAUAGAAGUGUUAGAGGGAAUAUUUACUACGCCUUGAUCCAUUGUCUUCUAGCAUAUAGUGUAGAAUUAUUCUAUUCAAAAUGAUAAGUCAUAUAGGUGGAUAUUAUCUCAUGAUAAUUGCUCAAACAAUUCAAUCCUCCACAGUUUAUUAUAUCUAAAAAAUGAGAAAAUUAUCAGGGAAAAAGUGCUGGACUAUGUGUGUCAUUUCUCCUUUUCAGGAGAUGUUUACUUUCACAGAAAGAGUUAAAUCUUAAAACAAAGCAGAAUGGAAUGAUUGAGAAUGAAAGGACCCACGUGCACUCAUUUAGAUGAAGUAGGUUUUUAAGGUUGUCAUCUCCUUCAGAAGUCAUAACAUCAACAGCAAAUUUAUUAAAAAAAAAAAACAGUAACAGCAACAUUUGGUAGUAUCCUUGUAAGAGUUUGAUUUAAAUAAUUUCAAAGAUUGAAAAAUGAUGCUAAUAGCCAAUCCUGCAACAUUGACAUUUAGCUAAGGUACUGAAAACUGAAUUAAUCAAGGUAUUAGUUUAAGAGUUAAUAGUUAAAGCUAUAGUUGAACUGUGAUUAAACCAAUUAAAACACUGGUUUAACAGUUUGAUAGUUUAUUGGUUCAAUUGAGCAGAUUGACCCGAGUUUUCAUGCCAUACAUUGGGCAGAAAAACUUUCACAUAUCUGGCUGCCCCCAUUUGUCUUUACAUGAAACAAAUGGAAUAUAAGUAUCUUUGUUGAUUACAAGUGUUGCUCCAAGUAACUAUCUCACUCUCUGAUGUUCUUUGCCUUCUUUGCUUCUCAGAAAUCCAUGGCUGCAACAACUACUGAUUUCUCAGCACAUUUUUCUAUCAAAUCAUUAUCUGAAUCUGGCAUUGCUUCUUUACCUUCCUCUUAUGUCUGGAAAUAUGUCAAUGAUCGUUCAAUCUUGGACUCAUCGGAUGACCCAUUUCCCAUUAUUGAUUUCUCUCUUCUUACCUCCAACAAUUCUGAACAAAGGUGCAAAGCCAUCCAAGAUCUUGGCCAAGCUUGUGAGCAAUGGGGCUGCUUCUUGUUGAUCAACCAUGGUUUCCCGGAGAGUCUGAUAAACAGAAUGAUGGAUGGAGUAAAAGGGUUUUUCAAUCUAUCAGAUGAGGAAAAGAAAGAGUUUCAGGGAAAGAAUAUUUCUGACCCCAUAAAGUGUGGAUCUUCCAUGAAUGGUGUUACAGAGGUAAGAAGCUGGAGAGAUUUUUUGAAAGUCUUUGUCCAUCCAGAGUUCCACUUUCCUCAUAAACCUGCAGGAUUUAGUUCUUGAUUGUACAGUGACACUGCAUUUGAGUACGUCAAGUUAAUGAGAGAACUCACAAGGGAACUGCUGAAUGGUAUAUCAAAAAGUCUGGGAUUGGAACCAAACUACAUAUGUAAGGCAAUGAAAAUGGAGCCAAGCUUUUAAGUGUUUGUUGCAAAUCGGUACCCUCCAUGGCCAGAGCCAGAACAUGCCUUGGGACUUCUUCCUCAUACUGAUCAUGGCUUGCUCACUAUAAUGGCAGAAAAUAUCAGUGGUGGCCUUUAGACUCUGCAUAAUGGCAAGUGGGUCAAAAUGAAUGUUCCUCCCAAAGCUCUCUUGGUUAACACUGGCGAUGUUCUAGAGAUGGUGACAAAUGGGAGGUACAAGAGCAAUAUGCAUAGAGCAGUGUUGUUUUCCAAUGCAACGAGGAUAUCAAUGGUGACUUUAGAUGCUCCAUCACUGGACCAAGUGAUCAGCCCAGCAUCAGAGCUUGUGGAUGACACUCAUCCACCAGCCUUCAUUUCAUUAACCACCAGCAAAUUCUAUGAACUCCAACAAUCAACCUUGUUUGACAAGGAAACUAUCUUGGACCGUUUUCGCAUUCCAUAUGCUUAAUUGCAUCAUUAAUUCUGCAAAACCAAUAAAAAAACAUCACUUUGGGUCUCUAUAUUUUGUUAUAGGUCUUUGCACUUUUUUUCUUGUAUUCUAGGUCCCUAUACUUUUAUUUUUCGGUGUUCUAAAUCCCUUCAAAGUCCCUACACUUUAUUCAUAUAGAAAUUUAGAACACUAAAAAAUAAAAAUGUAGCAACCUAAAAUACCAGGAAAAAGUGCAAGGAUUUAUAAUAAAACGCAAACAUAGUGCGGGGAUCCAAAAUUAUAUUUUUCCUUAAUCUUUAGUUAGGGUGUCCUUGUAGAGUGUGUGUAUGUGUGUUUUUCUGAAUUUGUGAGGCUUUACUGCAUUGAUUGAAAUACCAUAAGGCAUUACAGGCGAUGCCAGUGGUCAAAAUUAUUAUUAUGGGAUCCCUGUAUGAGUUCAAGCCUUGUGUGGGAUUUGGAAAUUGUAGUUAUGUAUUAUAUUUGAAUCAUUUUAGUUGUUUGAGUUUAUGUUGUUAGUGUUUGAUUGUUAAAUAAUAUAUACUGUGUUGGUUUGUUAUAA